AUGACGAGUACGUCUCAGCUCGUCGUCGAGCACCUCAUAGUGCAUUUGUGCCAGGAUCCCUCCACAGACUCCCUCAGGAAGGACUGUCAAGCCAUUCUAAAGUCCCGCCUUCAGAAAGUCUAUCCCGAUGCCCGAGUCGUGGAGAGGAUUGUGCAAUUCGCGACUCAGAGCGAUCAUGCUACACCUGUGGACAAAGGUUUAGAUCAAGCUAUUACUAGUCUCAAUGAUCUUGAGGCGGAAGAGAGGGUGAAAGGUCGCAGAAUACUCAACAAGUUUAUUGUCAUGUGGCGAUUGACAGCGCCGGAGAACAGAGGCCCAGAAUGGGGCGUCAAGGGGCCACCCUUCAUGGAUGCAUCCAUCGUGGAUUCCGACGACACCGCGCAAUGGGCCGGCUGGCCGCGCGCCUUAUGGUCGUGCAUGCAGGGGUUAGGAGAGCACCCGACGUAUCGCGUUAGUCGGCUCUCAGGCUACCCUGCCUGCGAUCCCGAAAUGGCGGAUGUCAUGACUGCGGCAGGCGUAGAGGUCUUUGCUACGUGCGAAGAGCGUGUGGACCGCCCGCGGCCGACAAAGGUCUUCUUCUCGAGGAAGAAUUGGUCCGAUCUGUCACAGCCGGUGGAGGCGGCAUCCAAUCCUACGGCCCCGUCGGAGCGUUCGGAGUGGUAUCGCGAGGUUCAGCAAAGCUGGACGCAUCCGUCGAGGAAGCCCCGCCGCACUGCUGUCCCAUUCAUGCCACAGACAGCCAUCGCGUCUACGGAUGUUGCAUCUCCGGUUUCCGCACAAGCGAGCGCAAAUCGGAUGAGAAUCGAACGAUUGGCAAAGACAGUGCUGGGAUCCAACGUUUCUGACCCGUACCACCAUCUCGAUGACCAGUUCACCCCAAUAGCAUUUGUCUCGCUGUUCUCGCAACAAUGCUGCACGACGUUUGGUUUCAUUAUCGAAGCGGUGGGUGCGACGGCAUAUUCACAUCUCGAGCAGUUCCAUCGCGCAUCCUCGAUGCUCGCUCGAGCAAUUCAAGAGAAGACAGUGUCUGCUGUUGUGCACGUAAGGGAUAUCGAGAUGGUGGUGGUUGGGAAGGACGAGGGCGUGGCUGGUGGCGAGUGGGACACAGCUCGCUUUGGCUCUCGCCACGACCCCUCUUCUCUUUCAACCGCCACCUACCAACCUGACACCACACGACCUAACAACACACACUACCCCUAUGCCAAUGCGCAUAUAAAAGAAACGAUGUCUUCUUCCACUUCGACAUUUAGCAAGGGAAUCGUGCACCUCGUUGUCCACUUGUGCGAGGAGCCACAGACCACCUCGCGAAGAAUCGACUGUGCCACGGUCCUCGAGAACCGUCUGAAGACAUUGUAUCCAAGCGUUGAGGUACGCUUUGAGGCGUCGAAGUUCACCUUCAUGCGCUUCAUCGUGCCACAGAUCGAGGAGGCGACUAGAGAAUAUCGCCACAGCAAGGCAGGCUCUGAAGACGCCACUCAGGGCGUGAGAGAGGCAUUGAUUGCGAUGCAAGACCUGGAGAAGACCUGCAUCGACCACCGGCAGCUGGUAUUCAACAAGUACAUCAUCCUGUGGCGCUCUAGCAAGAUCACCACUCGAUUGUCUUGGGAUUCAUCGGCUGACAUUGUCAAGGACAUUCGGAAGACUGCUUUUGUGGCGCCUGACAAUGCGGAUGCCUGGGAAGGUUGGCCGCCACACUUGGUAUACUGCAUCCGUGGGUUCGGGACACCGACCUAUCGCGGGCAAGUGGUCUGCACGCUUGCGGGUGCCGAUGUGAUGAUGGCCGCUGGACUGGGCAAAGUGAAGUCUGGGUCGAGACCGAAAUACGACACCAAGGUCAAGACUACGAUGACAGGGCCCCGACAGCCGACGCCACGCGCGCCCCCAUCGGCACUCCCUGCGCUGAAGCCGAAGGGAGAAUGGGGCCGCCAGCAAUUGCUUGCAUCGCAGCCAAAAGGCAGCUUCAACCUCGGCUCGAGCGACAAGGUGAAGUUCUCGAAGCAGGAUAUUGCUGCUUCAUCGUACACGGGCACGAGCGCGGGUUCUGGGAAGAGUGGGAAGAGGAAGCGUUCUGAUGCCGCAUCAAGGGUCAACGACGAAGGUGUGGCCGCGGCUGAGCCACAGCAAAAGCGCGCUCGAGCGACCGCCCAGACGUCAGGUGCAGCCCAGUCCAGCAAGCGCAGUGGCAGCAGCAAAAAGGCUCGCGCCGCGGAAACUGUGACAGAGGGCGCGACCACGCCACAGGCCCCAGAAGCGUCGCCACUCAUGCGCAGUGUGGCGAGUACCAUGACUCCAUCACGUAGCACGCCCACUGUUGUCGUGGGACCUCCCGUGAUGGCCACAGAUAUCUCGUUCGACCCGUUGGCACCAGGGAAUGGGCCUUCUGCCCCCACGUUGAACACUUCCACGCCACCACUUAUCCGUGGUCCCAUCACACACGGGUCACCCCAGGGAGCAGCAUCUGUGGGCCCGAGCGGGUUGAAGCGGAAGCGGGUAGAAGAAGUUGAUGCAUCGUUGGGCGACGUUGCUCAGCCGCAGGCGAAGCAAAGGAAGCAGAUGGCGUCAGCCUCCAAUGCUAAUAGCAAUGCAGUGCAGCCCACAGAGACAACACGCCAGGCUGUCGUGGGCCGAAGAUCGCACAUGCCGCCACCUUCGUCGUGGUCGCCUACACCUGCAAGCACUGCCGGCUCGUCACGGUGCAGCUCCUUGGCCGCUAUGACUCCCCUUGGCCCCGAUGCUCAGAUCCCCGUGGACGUGCACGCAACGGGACAUAUAUCGCAGGCGCCACAUGCGCGACGACCGACAACUUCGCUUGUGAACGCGAGUACCACCGCGCUUUCUUUACCUGCGGGCAUUCCGAAGCCGCCCAUAAUUGCGGCUGACGUCUCCCUCGAGGACUUUGUCCCACGGGAGCUUCCCAAGGCACAGGCACGGAGAACGCAUGAGCAGGACGAUGCUCGCUCGAUCGAACACACGGUUGUCUCGGCAGACACAAGCAAUGGCGCUGACGAAGGAUAUGAGUUCUCGGAUAUGGAUAGUCUCUUCGACGGGCCUGAUGAUACUGCCGAUGAUGCGUUCACAGAGACCCGACGCCCUGCUACUGUGACCACCAACGAGUCACUGCACGAAGCGGCUAUCAGCCAUGCGGGCAUGGAUAUCCAGAACAUGGGCUGGCAAGCCGGGGAGCCUACGGUCGUUCGUAGCUUUACGGUAAACACAUUCCCUACGCCACUCGACUACUACCUGGUCGAAACGUGGCGUCCACUAGAAGAGAAUCCGUAUAUACCGAGCGAGGCAGCCGCCGGAUACUCAACUAUCACACCUCUCGAGAAUCGGUCUGAGAGCAUAUACGAAUGGUUCAGCUCAAUUUUCAAUCAACAGAGCAUGCGCGAAUUCGUAAUUGUUCCCAGACCGGUGCCCCAGUACGGGAUGCGUCCAACCGGCUGA